AUGUUGACUCUGGAGUUGGAGACCCUGGUGGUCGAGGUGCCGUUUCUGAAGGUGCUGCUGCUGGAGGUACUGAGGCUGGAGACCCUGGAGCUGGAGGUGCCAGUUCUGGGGGUGCUACUGCUAAAGGCACUGGAGCUGGGGAGCCUAGAGCUGGAGGUGCCGGUUCUUGGGGUGCUGCGACUGGAGGUACUGAGGCGGGAGACCCUGGAGCUGGAGGUUUGGGAGCUGCUGAAGGCGCUCAAGCUGGAGGUUCUGGAGCUGCUGGAGGCGCUGGAGCUAGAGGUUCUGGAGCUGCUGGAGGUGCUGGAGCUGGAGGUUCUGGAGCUGCUGGAGGCGCUGGAGCUGGAGGUUCUGGAGCUGCUGGAGGCGCUGGAGCUGGCGGUUCUGGAGCUGCUGGAGGCGCUGGAGCUGGCGGUUCUGGAGCUGCUGGAGGCGCUGGAGCUGGCGGUUCUGGAGCUGCUGGAGGCGCUGGAGCUGGCAAUUCUAGAGCUGCUGGAGGCGCUGGAGCUGGCGGUUCUUGGGCUCCUGGAAGCGCUGGAGCUAGCGGUUUUGGAGCUGCUGGAGGCGUUGGAGCUGGCGGUUCUAGAGCUGCUGGAGACGCUGGAGCUGCUAGAGGUGCUGGCGCUGCUGGAGGCGGUGGCGCUACUGGUGCUGGUGACACUGCACAGCCGCGACUCCAGGCUCACCACUGCCUGCUCCUUCUCCUUACAUUGA